AUGGAUUCUAGCGGCGUCAACUUUACCGUCUUUGUUCGAUUGCCAUUUCCAAGAGGGGAGUUCUUGGACCCGCCUCCGGUGAGAGCGUCUUUUUGUCCCUGGAAGCUGCAGAAGCUACGUUUGGGUCUCCGUGCUGAAUUUCCUGGGCAGAUGGAAUGGAACGCGGCGAAGGACCAAGCGUUAUGGGAUAUGCUAUCACGACCUUCAAAAGGAAAUGAUAUUGACUGGAAAGCAUUAGCUGAGCAUUUUGAUGUGACCCUGCAAUUCCUCCUCCAGCAAGCUGCAUGGCUUUACGAUAGACAGCUAUCACAAGUGCGAGCUCAAAUGCGCAGAGUGCCUCCCGUCCAGCCCAGUCCGCCAUCGCCCGCACCCGACUCGGUGUCUGAAAGCUCUGCUCUUGCAGGGCAAGUUCAACGACAAAUAGGGACUCGGGGUUCUUACCUUCCCGCCUUCCAACAGAAGGAUAAUCGCCCGCAAGUUCCCGAUGACCGCCGCGCAAGUUCUACAUCCACUGCCACUCUGAAUCAGGUCCGUCAUUCGCGGGAUUCUUCUCGUCACCAUGAGCCAGGCCAGGGAACUGAACGGCGCUGGGAGAAUUUCGUGCGCCGCCCAUCCCUGGCACCCGGGGCGCGGGGGCUGCCGCCAUCUUCCGCACACAUGCAGUCACCACCACUGGCAGAGGAUCUGAGCUGCAGUUCUUCUGAUUCAGGUACCGACUCCGAGGUCACAUCCAGCCGGGGCAUGCCGCGAUUCAGGAAGUUUGGUAAAUUCUCGACUCAGCGGGUUGGUUUGCCCGAUGACGAAGAUGAAGAUGAGGACGACGUACCUGCAUUUCUUCCUAUGGCUAGAGACAAGAAUUCUUCCCUGCGGGGCCGGACGGAGGAGGGACUUAGCACCACGAUCCGGAAUGAGGAAAGACCCGACCCGUAUGGACACAACAAGCCUCAGAGGCAUGACACGAAUCGAGUAAUAGCCGCCGAAUCUCUGCACAGCUCAAUGAGCUCUGGGACCCCGGCCAGUUUAUCAAACAGCGAUCGCCAGGGACUGAGUCAACCUCCUAGUGCAUUAAGUCCUCAUCGUGUGGGAGAACCCCCACGUCAGAGUCCUCGCAAGUCUACAACGUCCGGUCGAGACGCAAGUGACGGGACGCCCAGCAUGGGAAGCAGUUUCAGCGACUUGGAUGAUGCUAGCGUCACACAGUCAGCACUCGAGGAAGCGCUCAUGAGCAAUAUGCAACACGGUGGAAUGGCCAGCCGCAUGAGUACCAUCAGUCAAGCUUUGCGUAGUCGCUAUUUGCAGUGA